AUGGAGAUUUUUCGCUGUGAAAAAGCGCGAAAGGCUCGUGAGGUAAACGUGCAGUUUGGCAUACAAGUCGCCGAUGCCAUUACCGAAUGGCACUAUCGAUCAAUUGUCAACAAAGGAAAUGCAACGGUCACAAAGCGCAAGUGCACAGGUGCCGAUGAGCCGAAAAAUUCGGUAUUCGGAGUACUCAUUGUCAGCGCUUACGCGGUUGCUGUAACGGCACAGCAUUACCAGCAGCAGCAACAAAGUGCUCACGGUCAACAGCAUAAUCAGCAUGCACAAGCAAUUCAGCAACAUGUUGAACAACUUGUAUCACAUGGCCAGCAACAUGUUUCGCAUCUUCAGCAUGGACAGCAGGUUGUUUCAAAUCCUCUACAAGUUCAUGAACAUGUUUCGCAUGGACAACCACAUGUUCACCAACACGUGUCACACCACCACCAACAACAACAACAGCAACAACACCACCAAUCACACCAACACGGAUCACAUGUACCACAUGUACCCAAAAUCACCAUCACUAGUGUAGUGCAACAUGUACCCAUACCACAUGAGGGCUAUCAGGUCCCCAGUCGUAUACAAAAUAUCGUCGACCGGGUCCACCAGCACAUCCCACAGGUUUUGCACCAUCAAAAACAAAUAAAAUCAGCAAUUGUUGGUGAUAAUGUGGUGACUCCAGCAAUAGUGCCCGCGCAUGUGCAAAAUAUUGUAGAACAGGUACAUGCACACAUUCCACAAGUAGUAAAUCACCAUUUACAGCAGCAGAAGCAGCAGCAACAACAAGUGGUUAAUCAAAAGCCGCAGGGUGUAGCCGCCGCUGAGAAGCAGCUACAAUCGCAAGUGCCUGUUCAACAUGUUCCACAAGUUCCAAAUGGUCAACAACAAGUCUCUCAGGGAGUACAGGGUGUUGUUGCUGAUCAGAGUAAGAAACCGGAUGUGCAGCAACUUGUCGCAGAAAUACAUCAACACAUUCCACAAAUAAUUCAAUACUUAAAUCAGCAAGCUCACCAAUUACAGCAGAUUGUUGACAAAUUUCAACAACAACAAAAACAGCCACAAGGUGUUGCGGUUGGACAGCAAGUGCAGCCGGUGGUACCCGCUAAGGUGCAGCAAGUCGUCAAUCACGUGCAUCAACACAUUCCACAAGUGAUCAAUCACACACAACAACAUAAGCGCCAUGUACAAAAUCAUCAACAACUGGAAGUUCCUCAUGAGGUUGAAGGUGUUGUGAUACCCCCACAUGUUCGAAAAAUUGUCGAGCACGUGCAUCAACACAUUCCACAAGUGAUCCACCAUGCACAACAACGCCAUGGCGUUGCUCAGCAGUCACAGAAUGUUGUAGUUGGGAACCAAGUCAAGCCCGACGUACCCGAUAAAGUGCAACAAGUCGUCAACCAGGCGCAUCAGCAUAUUCCACAGGUGAUCAGCCAAGUACAGCAACACAAACGCCAAGUACAAAAUCAACAACAACCACAAAAACUGGAAAUUCCUCAUCAAGUUCAAGGUGUUGUGAUACCCCCAGAAGUUCGAAAAAUUGUCGAGCACGUGCAUCAACACAUUCCACAAGUGAUCUCUCAUGUACAACAACAGCAACAGGGUGCGGCGAAACAACCCGAGGCACCCGCUAAGGUGCAACAAGUCGUCAACCAGGUGCAUCAACACAUUCCACAAGUGAUCAGCCAAGUACAACAACAUAAACGCCAAGUACAAAAUCAACAAAAAACACAACAAUUAGAACUUCCUCAUGAGGUUGAAGGUGUUGUGAUACCCCCACAAGUACGAAAAAUUGUCGAGCACGUGCACCAACACAUUCCACAAGUGAUCUCUCAUGUACAGCAGCAACAGGGUGUUGUUCAGAAGCCACAGAGUGGCGUUGCUGCAAGCCAAGUGCGUCCUGAGAUACCCGCUAAAGUACAAAAUGUGGUAAAUCAAGUGCAUCAACACAUUCCACAGGUAAUCAAUCAUGCACAACAACAACAACAGCAGCAUCACCACAGUCAACAAAAUGCACAGCCGGCACAGGGAGGCCAACAAGGUGUUAAGGUCUAGGAGAUGAUCGCAGUGAGCGCGCACUAGGACUUUACCACUUAAACAUUAGUCGAAUUUUCCCAAUAACUACGUGUGCACAUACAAUUUUGUUAAUAAUUUUUAGACAAAUUUUCAUUUAACCCAAAAAUGUUUUUAACCCAAAAAUGUAAAAUUGUUUUGUUUUUUUUUCUUGGGGUGCUUACAUAGAAUCUCAACAAAAAGGAUAGAAAAACUGAGAUAUAUAAUAUAUCUCGUGCUAUCUCUGUUGAAGUAUCGGUAUGGCGUCGAAGGGCUAAAUAAAAUGUCUCAAUUAUUAACUCUGUACCUAUCCCAUUCCUCACAUAAAGUAUUAAUAAAAAUUUUUAUUUUAAUU